UCAGCCUGCCGCGGCGGGGUCCUGCGCGCUGCGUGACAUCGCGUCACGGCGCCUGACCUGACUCUGGCGUCUGGCCUCUGCCUCGCCCGCAGGCCGCAGGGGCGUCACGGGCACGGGCCCGGCCCAGUGUCACGCGACGUACGCCACGGAACGAGGCGCCGACCGAGCCAAACCAAACCCACCAGGCCACCACCACUCGUCGUCGUCUCGUCCGCACGCGCACCACGCAAAGGCGCGGUGCCGACUGCCGUGCCGAGUAGCUCCCAUUCGCAUUCCCCAGCCCCACCGAUCGGAUCGGCAAAAUCCCCCCGGUAGUUCCCCCACAGAUCCCGGCGCCCCCACCACACAGCGCUCGCGCCUCCCUCCCCUGCUUCCCCCAUCACCACCCGUCGCCCCGGUCGCCACGCCACGCCACGAUGGCGGAGUGCCGCAGCCUCAUCGAGUUCCUCCGCGCGUUCGAGCACCACCGCAGGGCGGCCGACAGCUCCGCCUCCGCCUCCGCGUCCGCCUGCUCCCGAUCCAGGCGGGCGGCCUCCGCCGCCGCGGCGGGGGGCUCGGGUUCCUUCUGCGACAGCACCCCGAUGGCCGUGGUCGACGCGGUCAUGCUCCUCGCCGUCGUCACCGCGCUCGGCUUCCUCCUGAUCCCGUACCUCAAGCUGCUCUUCCUCGAGAUGGGCGCGCUGCUCCACCACCCCGCCGCGUCAUGCCUCCCCGCCGCCGCGUUCUUCGGGGCCGCCGUCGCCGUCGCGGCCGCGGUCGUCGCGUGGGAGCUGCUGGGCCACCACGCCCGCAAGUGCGGCAAGCCCAGGUGCAGGGGCCUCAAGAAGGCCGUCGAGUUCGACAUCCAGCUCGAGACGGAGGAGUGCGUGCGCGGCCGCCCCGGCCCCGCCGCGCGAUCGGCGCUGCUGGCGGCCGCGGGGGCGCGCCCCGUGGAGCUAGGCGACGAGCAGCGGGAGCUGGAGGCAGAGCUGCGCAAGAUGGCGCCGCCCAACGGCCGUACCGUCCUCAUCUUCCGCGCCCCCUGCGGCUGCCCCAAGGGCCGCAUGGAGGUCUGGGGCGCCAAGAAGGUGCGCCGGAUCAAGAAGUAAAGAGGAGCAAGGAUCGGAUGGUUACUAGUUAGUGCAAUAGUAUUAGUGCACUCUUGUUCCUUCCUCAAUCCUCGAUCAUAAGUAGCUACUGCUAGAAAAAAAAUAAAUCCUCAGUAAUAAUAAGUAUGUAUAAGUAUAGGGAGAAAUAAACGGAGCACAGAACCAGUUAUAUCACAGAUAGCUUAUAUAGACAAUUAUAUACUCCUUGUAUUAUGAACUGGUGGGGAAUUUGGACAGAAAUACAUGCUCUUUACUUGUUCAUUCUCUAGUUUUCAUGGGAUCCUGGAUACCUGAUACAGUAGCAACAUAGACAAUAUCUUAAUCAG